UUGUAAUUUUCCCAAAUCAGCCCAACGAACUUUUUGCCUCCAUUACACCAGGCGGAAAACUCAAAGCUUACACUUAACUAACUAUUCCUCGUCAUCUCCGCCAUUUCUCUUACUUCUUCCUUCAUAUAAAUCACUAAAAUCAUCCCUCAAAUUCCCUUAACUUCACCACAUUUUCACCAAAAAACUCAACUUCAAUGGCAUCAUCUAUCUCCUUUUCAUCUUCACUUGGUCGUCUCACUGUAUUCCCACAAAAAACAGGAAAUUACAAGAAACAACAGCCAGUUAUUCAGUCCAAGAUUCGUGAGAUUUUCAUGCCAGCGUUAAGUUCAACGAUGACUGAAGGGAAGAUAGUGUCGUGGGUUAAAACGGAAGGUGAUGUUUUGUGUAAAGGUGAAUCAGUUGUUGUUGUGGAAUCAGAUAAAGCUGAUAUGGAUGUUGAGACUUUUUAUGAUGGUAUUCUUGCUGCUAUUGUUGUUAAUGAAGGUGAAAGUGCUCCGGUUGGUGCCCCUAUUGGGCUUUUAGCUGAAACCGAAGACGAAAUUGCUGAAGCUAAAGCUAAAGCACAAGGCCAAUCUGGAUCGACGACUACUCCUGAACCUGAAGUUGCAGCUCCAUCUAAGGUUUCUUCUUCUGAUGAUGGGCCGAGGAAGAUUGUUGCAACGCCGAAUGCGAAGAAAUUGGCAAAGCAACAUAAAGUUGAUAUUAAUAAAGUGAACGGAUCGGGUCCAUUUGGACGGAUUACAGCUGAGGAUGUUGAGAAAGCUGCUGGAAUUACUCCAGCACCAUCUCCUCCUCCUGCUGCUCCGACUCCAGCUUCGGCAGUGGGUGCGCCGGAAAAAGCUGCUUCGGCUAGUUUACCGAAGAUUCCCGGGUCGACAGUUGUUCCGUUCACUACAAUGCAAGUUGCAGUGUCUAAGAAUAUGGUGGAGAGUCUUUCUGUACCCACAUUUCGUGUUGGAUAUCCGGUUGUUACUGAUGCCCUUGAUGCUUUAUACCUGAAGGUUAAGAAGAAGGGUGUUACAAUGACUGCAUUGUUGGCCAAAGCUGCGGCAAUGGCACUAGCUCAGCAUCCAGUUGUGAAUUCCUCUUGUAAAGAUGGAAAGAGCUUUACGUACAACAGCAGCAUAAAUAUUGCAGUCGCUGUGGCGAUUAAUGGUGGCUUGAUAACACCUGUGCUUCAGGAUGCUGACAAGUUGGAUCUGUAUCUGUUGUCUCAAAAGUGGAAGGAACUGGUAGAGAAGGCUAGGGCUAAGCAACUACAGCCACACGAGUACAAUUCAGGGACUUUUACAUUGUCCAACUUGGGUAUGUUUGGUGUGGACCGAUUUGAUGCUAUUCUUCCUCCCGGCCAGGGGGCGAUAAUGGCUGUUGGAGCAUCAAAACCAAGUGUUGUAGCUAAUGCUGAUGGGUUCUUCAGCGUCAAAAAUAAGAUGCUGGUGAACGUCACAGCAGAUCACCGAAUUGUUUAUGGCGCGGACUUGGCAGCUUUCCUUCAAACAUUUUCGAAGAUUAUUGAGAACCCAGAGAGCUUGACAAUGUAGAUGGAGAGUUCAGAUUAACAAAGUGAGGAAAAAUCUAUACCUUUUUUGCGUCUAAGACAGGCUGCUGUGCUAUUGCAACUGAUACUGUUAGACAGAGUCAUUCUACAUGUUGUGCUAAAAAAUUUCCAGUUGUUCAAAGUGAGACUAGCAGUGCAAUUUGGAAUUUUUUGGAAAGGCGCAAUAAUGCCCUUUUCAUUUGCUGAUUUUUUUAAAGAACUUGCAUUUUGCUGGAUUGCGAGAAUUAAGCAUGUUUCAUAUAUU